UCUCUUCAACAUGGAGUGCAGAAAAAAAGGCAGGACCACCCUAAACUUCUCAAUUAGAUUUGUAUGUCUUUAAGUUUGUGGAUACAGAAACAAUGGAGACACACAUGUGAACGCCAGAAGCCUACGCGGAUCGGAUCCUUACGUCGAACGACAUUGGAGUGCCUCUUUUUUUCUUUUUUUUUUCUUUUUUUUUAGCAACCACGCUAACCUACCGGCAGCGGCAGAGGAAUCUGUCACAACUAGUUAAAAAAAAAGAAAGGACGCCAUCACAUCCAAUAAUCGAUAAGGAUAUAAUCGAUAGUAACUUCCGUUAAACUUAUCAAGUUGUGGCGUGACCUCUAGCUAGGGUUACUGGGUGAAAGGUGACGCCGUUCGAUCGGUUUGUUUAAUUGAGAAUGCACAAUGUGGCAAGUGUAUCCGCCUCCCUGGGCUCCAUGGGGCUGCUGCGUCUCUGUGGGGCGCCCUGGUCCUGGAGCGUUGCAGCAGGACUGGGCAUGUAUUUGGGCACGAGAAGCUGGAAGUAUUUCUACAUCGCGGCGCGAACUGCCAGGAGAGACAUCAACGGUCUGUAUGUGCUGCUAAGAGUGAGGCUGGCGUUGUGGCGCUACAUGCGCAACGGAAGCAACGUCCUCUCCAUCUUCGCACAGACGGUGAAACGCAACCCAAACAAAAUUGCGCUGAUCUACGAGGCCACCGGGGAAACGUGGACCUUCGCCCAGCUGGAUCAGUUGUCCAACUCGGUGGCCAACUGGGCGAGAAGUCAGGGCUGGGUCUCGGGAGACGUGGUGGCCCUCUUCAUGGAGAGUCGGCCGCUGCAGGUGGCGCUGUGGCUGGGCUUGGCCAAGGUCGGGGUGGAAGCCGCUCUCAUCAACUUCAACCUCCGCAGCGACUCCCUUCUGCACUGUAUCGGGGUGUCGACAUCUCGGGCUAUUGUGUUUGGAGCUGAGCUUGCUGAUGCCAUGUUGGAGGUCAAUUCCUCCUUCAGCCAGUCCAUGGUGCGGUUUUGUACCGGAGACCUCAGUGCUCAUCAGCUAGCCUAUCUGGCCGCGACACCCCUGGACCCCAUUUUAGCAUCCACGCCGGGGCAUGCCCCUUCACCUUGCAUCCCGCGGAAAAACAUGAACGAUCAUUUGUUUUACAUCUACACUUCUGGCACCACAGGGCUGCCCAAGGCUGCUAUUGUUGUGCACAGUCGGUACUACAGGAUCGCCGCUUUCGGCUACUAUGCUUUCGGCAUGCGCCCGAAUGACAUCAUCUACGACUGUCUUCCUCUCUACCACUCAGCAGGUAAUAUCAUGGGUGUGGGCCAGUGUCUGAUGCACGGCGUCACCGUCGUAGUGAAGAAGAAAUUCUCAGCAAGUCGCUUCUGGGAUGACUGCAUCAAGUAUAACUGCACUGUGGUCCAGUACAUUGGAGAAAUAUGCCGCUACCUCUUGUCUCAGCCCGUGCGGCCGUCAGAAAAGGGCCACAAGGUUCGCUUGGCUGUGGGAAACGGACUACGGCCCAGCGUGUGGGAGGCCUUCACCGAUCGCUUUGGGGUGAAGCAGAUCGGGGAGUUCUACGGAGCGACUGAGUGUAACUGUAGCAUUGCCAACAUAGACGGCAAGGUGGGCGCAUGUGGGUUUAACAGUCGCAUCCUGCCCAACGUUUACCCCAUCCGCCUGGUCAGAGUCAAUGAGGACACUCUGGAGUUGGUCCGGGACAGCCGUGGCCUCUGUGUGCCCUGCCAACCCGGAGAGCCAGGUCUCCUGGUGGGUCGCAUCAACCAACAGGACCCCUUGAGGCGCUUUGACGGCUACGCUAAUCACGACGCUACGAGGAAGAAAAUAGCCCAUAAUGUCUUCAAGAAGAACGAUUCAGCGUACUUGUCAGGUGACGUUUUGGUGAUGGAUGAGAUGGGUUACAUGUACUUCCGCGAUCGUGGAGGCGACACCUUCCGCUGGCGAGGAGAGAACGUGUCCACCACAGAAGUGGAGGGCAUACUCAGCAGCCUUCUGGGUCAGACGGAUGUGGCCGUGUAUGGCGUUGCAGUGCCUGGUGUGGAAGGGAAGGCAGGCAUGGCCGCCAUCGCAGACUCCGAUGGAAGUUUCGACUGCAGCAAGUUCCUGGAGGGGAUUCAGGCAGCUCUCCCACCGUACGCUCGGCCGGUGUUCCUGCGAAUCUCGCCGAGCGUCGACACCACAGGUACUUUCAAAAUCCAGAAAACCAGAUUGCAGAGGGAGGGCUACGACCCCCGCCUCACCAGCGACCACAUCUUCUUCUUAAACGGCAAAGCCGCGCGCUACGUGGCGGUAGACGAGGAGCUCUACAUCGCCAUAAUGGAGGGCCGCAUGCAUUUAUGACGUGGAUCGUGGCGAGAGACGAAGAUGAAGUGUUUUCUGCGCCACUCGACAGGAGUUUAACGCCUUCAAGGCGCACUGUUGAGGUGACGGCUCACUCCUUAGGAAGUACUGUUACACAUGAUUCAUUUUUAUUUUUAUUUAACACUGUAGGAAUAAGAUGCUGUGACUUGUCAUGGCGUUUAUUCACUUCAAUAACUUCCAUACAUUAAACACCUCGCCCCGCAUAGAGCGGCUUUCAUGAUGACGUAGGAGGACAAUACGGUUGCUGGGACAUCCCGGUCAGGUAUUUCCAUGUAGGACUGAUUCUUAUAGGGUGACACUCCUGUUGUGUGUCAGGAUGAAGCCUCCGCACAGGAGGUUAUAGGUCAAAUACUAAUAUUUUUUUAAAUGCAGUGCACAAAGCCUAAUGUCCACACAUCUCAAAAGUAAUGUAUGUGCCUUAUGCCGGUGUGUGUGUGUGUGUGUGUGUGUGUGUGUGUGUGUGUGUGUGUGUUUUGAAAGACUGCAAAAGAAUGUAUGGUCACCUUUUUAUCUCCCAUAACAUGUAACACAGUCAUGUCAACCUACUUUUUAUCGUAGGCCACAUCACAGUUAUCACAGUUAUGGUUGCCCUCAAAGUGCUGCUUGUAACUGUAGAAUUAUUUAAAUGUUUGUAUAAUUGCCUCAUUUUAUUAUGACCUAAUUGAUUAUUAGCAUUUUUUCUUUUUGCCAACCAACAAUGGAUCACUAGUAUUGUACAAUUUGUUUUAAAACUGGAUUUUGGUUACCAAAUAGUUUGUUACAACAAAUAAUAUUUGUUGAGUGAAAAGUGAAGAAACACUGGAAUCGCAUUCAAAAAUGCAUUUAGCAAAAAAGAAAAGUGACGUGGCCGGCCGCAUCUGGCCGCUGGGCCUUGAGUUUGACCCCUGUGAUUAUUACGCAUCAAAAAAUAUCCACAUAGUCACAUCAUGUAGCAGGUUUUUCAAGAUUUUAAUACGCAUCCUCCAGGUGACAGGUUGUGUUUUUAACUCCAAAUUAAACAAUUACAUCUUAAAACGUGCCUUGAGUUGUUGUUAUUUAUGUGAAUUGAUUAUCAAACUGGUAUCAAAGUAGCAAAUAACCACUGGGGGGCCUCUAAUUAGUACAGCUGUGGCUGUAGACAACCUCCUGAUGUAGUUUUUUUUUUUUUUUUACCAUGAGUGAGUCAACAGCCAGCAGCUUUAUCAACCUCUCAUGCACUUUAAAAUGGCGGUUGCGCUAUUUUGCAAUUGCUGUGAAACUCGUGUGUAACCCUUGCCGUACUGUACAACGAUCUCAUCAGCGAUAUUAAUGCUGGUUGAGCAGCGUGCUUCUUACCGCGAUGACAACAUUGGCUCUGUUGCUGCUGUGGUGAGCAGUGUACUUGUUAAUAAAUGUUAAUUAAAAAAAUCACACCUAUGCCGAUUGGCUGAUGGACAGCCAAUCGGAUCCUCCAGCUCAGCGUAGGUGUGAUUUUUUUUUUUUUUUUUUUUUUGGGUCUACCACUUGACUUUUUGUUCCAUAAUGCUCAGGAUCUUUCAAAAAAUGUAGAGUGGCUGUCUUACUGCGCCCCACCUCAGCAGCAAUGGGACGCUGUGAGAGGCCUUGCUUAUGCAGCUGGACAAGCCGACCACGUUGAAAAAGAGAAAGCUUCUUAGCUUUAGCCAUCAGGAGGGCAUGACAGUGUGAAUGCCUGACAGAAACUGACAAAUUCGAGCAGAUUUUGGCUUUUAUAGCCUGUGGUCUGAAACUUUUGAUCAUGUAAUAAAUAACCUAUUUCAUUUUUUUUGUGGUUGUUUUUUGUUUAAAUUACAUGUUCCAAAUGUUUUUUGUCUCACUCCCCUUCUUGCUUUUGCAUAUUGUAGCUCUACUUAAAACCUCAUAUCCAAAUGUGCAAAAUGCAAAUUCUAGCAAUUUUUCAACUGGUCUUAAGAUUUUGAUCAGGUCUGUAUACUGUAUAAUGGGUCUACGGUUACUAUAGUGCGCCACUGGGAUCAAGUAUCAUUUUAAAAGCCCCUGAAAUGAGAAGAGUAGGCCGCUCAUGGUAAUUGAUGGUAAGCAGAGGCAGCAAAAACAGUGGUACUUGUCAAGCAAAAUGUUCCUGAAGUUGUACUUGGGAAACAACAACAGCUGAUCUACUGUAUGUCAAUAAAACUCCAAGGCUGGUGCAUUCGUUCCACUUUAUUCCCGUACCUGUCCCUCGCUUCAGAACAAUUC